AUGGUCCAUGUCCGUGAUCAAGAUGACAAUAUCCGCACAAAUGUCCGCAAAGGCCUGGACAUAAUAAUAGCGGAAAACUAUGCGCCAAGGAAGCAGAUGCCGCCGCCGAGCACCACUGAGCAGCGGGCUUCACGAAGAGAUGGAAUCAGCAGUCUUGCUAGGCAGAAGCGAUCCUCGAGUUGCACGGACACACCACUGCCACCUAGCAAGCGCACUUGCUCAAGCUCUCCAACGAAACCAGCCAUUGCAAACCGCGUCCAUCGCUGCAUAAUUGUGCAUGACUAUGAGAAGCCCAUCUACAGAGAAAGCUCCCAAAACAGUCUGCUUGCUGCAUUCAAACAAUGUAUCAUAGGGUACAAGUCCUUACAUACACGAGCGGGCAUGCUUCAACGCAGCAUCUCACCAAACAACCUCCUGGUGAACGAAGACAAGGGCAACUUGUCAUGGCCCGCAUUACUGAUGGACCUCGACCUUGCAAUCAAGGAGCAACGUGAGCAGGCCUCUGGAGCGUGCAGGAAGACCGGCAUGCGAGCUUUCAAGGCCAUUGGAGUGCUUUUAGACGACGAACAGCACUUGUUCAUGCAUGAUCUCAAGUCGUUCUUCUGGGUGCUGUUCUGGAUCUGCAUUCACUAUGACGGACAGCAAGAGAGGAUUGUUCCACGAUUUGACAAGUGGAACUAUCUUGAUGCUGAAGAACUAGCUAGCCCUAGAUGGACUGCUCGCUAUAUACAAGGUCUGUACAACAAAUAA